UUCUUCAACUCUGAACAAGGAAGCUGCAAAGUUCUCUCCUUUGGAGUACAGUCAAUUGGGUGAGAGAAUGGAAGCCUCAGAGCAGAACAAAUCAAGGGUGGUGGUAAUUGAUUCUUUGCAGUCAUGGGAUUUCUAUGUCACCCAGGCCACUACUCAGAAUUCUCCUGUUGUUGCUCACUUCACUGCUUCAUGGUGCAUACCCUCGGUGACUAUGGGUCCUGUCUUUGAUGAUCUGGCUUCAAGCUAUCCGGAUCUUCUGUUUCUCACAGUUGAUGUUGAUGAAGUCAAGGAAGUGGCCACCAAAAUGGAUGUAAAGGCAAUGCCAACAUUUUUGCUGCUGAAUAACGGUGCUGUUGUGGACAAGGUAGUUGGUGCGAAUCCAGAAGAGAUAAAGAAAAGGAUAGAUGGGCUUGCUCAGUCCACUCGUGUCUCACUGGCAUAGUUAACAUCUGUGUGAUAUUCUAUAUUCUGCUGUUGCAAGUUGCUAAAUAUGCACUUGUGGUCCUGCACUGCCCGAUGGAACCCCGAGUCAAAGCCUUUCGUGAUGUUGUAUUUUGAGUACCAGUUCAAAUAUAGUUUGGUUAAUGCUUAUAUCCGCAGCUUUUUUGUAUCAGCCAAAUUUUACAUUCUGUACUUCCGGUUGUUGUGGUUUCAUGCUGCUCUUCCCUUGGAUGUUGUGAAUUCACUUGUUCUUUUGCUAAUGAAAUAUACAUAUGAAUAUUUUCAAGGUA